ACCUUAAAUGUGCGACGCGACGCGCACGUUUUGUAAACAGAACAGCAACACGGUUUAUUUUUCACCCCCGAAUCUGCACUUCAAUUGGCAAUUUUGUUGUUUAUUUUUUUAGCAUUUUCAAAACUGUAUCGGACAAACAAAAUAUUUAUGUUUGUGUCGCUAAAUAGUGAGAAUAAGAGUAAAUAGUGAGAAGCUAGCGAGACGCUGGCGACGUCAGUCUUUUCAGUUCACAGAAACGUUACCACUAGGAAUUAAUGUGUAUGAGUGCAAAUACAUAUUGCUUAUAAAAAAUAUUAUUGAAGAGGAAAAGCUGCGCCACUACAGACUGGGAAGUACACGAACCGGAUAAGUCCCCGGAUGUGAACGACGACGCCAGGCCGUGGCGUGGCUAAAGCUAACAGACGCUAUCACAUUUAAUAAAUAGGAAAGUUUUCAAGGGGUAGAAAUGUUCGGUUCUUCGAGAUCAGGAGGAGUUCGAGGAGGCCAAGACCAGUUCAACUGGGAUGAUGUCAAAGUGGAUAAACACCGAGAGAAUUACCUUGGGAAUUCUUUAAUGGCUCCAGUGGGACGCUGGCAAAAAGGCAAAGAUCUGACAUGGUACUCCAAAGACAAAAAAGGCAACAGGCCCGCCACCAAAGAAGAAGAACUCGCUGCUGUCAAGGCUGCAGAACAUGACGCGUUGAUGGCUGCCUUAGGACACAAGGUUAUAAAGCGGCAACCGACUGGACUGACCAAAGAGGAUUUGGCAGAUAUUUGUAGGAGGGAUGAAGAUGAUGGUGAAGAGAAGAAUGUGGAUCGUAUCUCAGGAUUGGGGAGCUCCAGUGCGGGGUCACGGAAAGUGGUCCUCUCCCAGAAGGAAAAGGAGGCGGUUAAAAUGGGCUUGCCAGUCUUUACGCACCACAAGGCAAGCGUUCAUCCAGCAACCUCAACAGUAAAGUCAUCAGAGAGUGUAGCGAAAGAAGAGACAGAACAACGGCAGGAGAGUAAAAAGAAGAAAGAAAAGAAGAGCAAAAAGGAGAAGAAGAAGAAGGAGAAGAAGAAGAAAAAGAAGAGGCAAAGGAGCAACUCACCGUCUUCAGAUUCAGAUGAUGACAAAAAGAGGGCCCGAAAGGACCACCACCAUCAUAAUCCAUCAUACCAUAGUCAGAGCGGAGCCACACCACAUGACAGCCAUUCAAGGGGGGAACUAAAGGCACAGCGACAGCUCCCCUACCCCCGUCACCGACAGCAGCGCCAUGACACAGAGUCCUCCGACGGGGGGUCCCCUGUCCCCCGUAACCCCUCCAGCCACAAGACGGACCCUGGUGGUGCCACACAAAGCCACAGGCGACGCCACGACACAGACUCGGACAGCUAAUGUCCCCCCGCCCCACCCUCCCGCUCAUUCAAAGACGCAGCGCUCUUCAGAAGUAUGACCGGUCGUGAAGACCUCAUUUGGCUUUUUGAGGGGGUCAUUUUUGUAGUUAGAUUUUAUUGCCACUUCAUUUUUUACUGAUUAAACCUCUAAACCAUUAUUCACUAUUGUUCUUCAUUUGCGGGUGUACUGCUAAGUUUUUACUCAUACAGUACAUACUGUAUAUAUACCAUAAAUAUGAAAAACAUUGCACAAAUCAAAUCUAGCUCAAUAUGUCUCUAUAUGCAACUUUUUAACAUCGUAAAUUGGCUGACGCGCAGUGGGAUACGUGGUGGCCAUCUACAACCAUGCAAUGUGGUUUUAUUACAAAGCAGGUGUAUUUCAUUGAAUGUUUUCAACAUCUUUUAUUAUAAUGACACCAGAGAGCUUUUUAAUCCUUCGCCCUUCAAGGUCCACACCUCCAACUGGUGCGCCGUCAUUGUAAUGCUGCUCCAAAAAGAGUGUUGUGUUUGCAUAUGCCCUCAAUUGGUCUGAAUAGGGGGGUAUUCCGCCGACUGGCACCUGUGGGGGGCGCAGUAAAAAAAAAAAAAAAAAAAAA